CCCUCCGCCACCGCCUGCUUGUCAAACCGAGCCUCCUCCCCCGCUUUGCUGUCCCCUCCCAGCGGGUCUCCCUCCCUUUGCCACUGCAGUGAAAGCCUCGGUAAAGGAGCGAGAGAGAGGGAGAGAGAGAGAGAGAGCGCGAGCCAGAGAAGAGAGCCUGAAGCUGGGUUUAAAGCCAGGACGAGACCUCAGAGUAGCACCUCAACCGUGUUUUUUUUUUUUGUUGUAUUUCUCGCCUCAGCUCGGCGGCCUACAGACUCCCCCCCUGUUGCACCUCCUUUCCGUUCACAUCGCCUGGAUUUCAUCAUCCGACCUGCAAGAUGGGAAAUGAAGCCAGUUACCCCCUGGAGAUGUGCUCACAUUUCGAUGCUGAUGAGAUUAAGAGGCUAGGGAAGAGGUUUAAGAAACUCGACCUAGAUAACUCCGGCUCGCUCAGCGUGGAGGAGUUCAUGUCGCUGCCGGAGCUACAACAGAACCCACUGGUGCAAAGGGUUAUCGACAUAUUCGACACGGACGGGAACGGAGAGGUGGACUUUAAAGAGUUCAUCGAGGGAGUCUCGCAGUUCAGCGUCAAGGGAGACAAGGAGCAGAAGCUUCGGUUCGCUUUCAGGAUCUACGACAUGGACAAGGAUGGCUACAUCUCCAACGGCGAGCUCUUCCAGGUGCUGAAGAUGAUGGUAGGCAACAACCUGAAGGACACGCAGCUCCAGCAGAUCGUGGACAAGACCAUUAUCAACGCAGACAAGGACGGAGACGGCAGGAUAUCCUUUGAAGAGUUCUGUGCAGUGGUCGGCGGUCUCGAUAUACACAAAAAGAUGGUGGUGGACGUGUGAGCGCUCCUCCGCUCGCUGAAUCUCCCCCCUUCCUCCUCGACACUCGCUUUCUCCACCAUCUCUGAAGAUCUGCUCAAGACGUCCGGCAAAACGCUCUCUGUGUAACUCAAUGGAAGUAUUCUCUCUCUCUCUCUCUCUCUUUCUCUUAAUCUCUCUCUCUCUCUCUCUCUCUCUGUGAAGCCACUUUUUCUUUCACAAACCACAGGCCUCGCCAAGCCAACUCUGAAGUGUUAUUGAACUGUAAAUCCUCUCAAUAACCCGGUCGUAGCACUUUAACAGACUGAAGGACAUCGAUUUGUCAUUUGCAAGAGCAUCUGAUUUUUGGAUGAGGGGGGAGAAAGUGGAGGGAAAAAGGGGGGGGCGCAGUGAAGAGGCUGGUUGGCUUGUUCAUAUUUCAUCCUUUUUCUUUUUUUUUUUUUGUUAAUUGUUAUUUUUGAUAUUUAUUUUUUUGUUCUUGUCUUUUAUAAAGAAGAAAAAAAAAAAACAAGUAUAUCUACGGUUGUCUGGUGAGAGGAAGUGUAUAGUAUAUUAACACUUUGACUUACAGUACAACUAGGAAAGUAGGGUAUGAAGUGCCAACCAGAACAUAUCCAGAAACCAGUCCAAGUUAUUACCUAUUAUCACCGCUUUCAUUCACGCCGGACAAACUGGCCUGUGACACUUCCGACUGCGAGUCACGCGAGAUCCAAAACUAAACUUGAGAUUUUUCUGACUUUUUGUCCUCUGCUUUAAGCUUUUACACACGAGCAGUUUGGAUUAGACCAGUAAUGCUUCCGCUCUCACUCUUCGGAAAAGCAAUUCAUGUUUUUCCUGUUUUGUUUUUUUUUUGUAAUACGGUUGCUAGUUUUAUUUAUACUUUAAAAAAAAAAAAAACAUGUUUAUAUUGUUGGAGAGAAUCCUGUCAUGAUAUUAUAGGUAGAUUAAUUAAUGCCAAGAAAAUGUCUUCCCAAAAAAAAAAGAAUUUGUGGCUGCAGGCUUAUAUAUGGUUUACUCUUGGUGAAGCAUUUUGCGUUUUAACAGUGUGCAUCCGUAAGACAAUCUCCAAUGCAAAGAAUAUCUCUGCACUCACACUGACAAAUGAACUUUAGAGAAUUUUAAGAUUUUUUUUUUUUUCUUUUAUGUUAUAAGAAGAGACGAUUGAUGAACUUGGCUAAGAACUGAGAACACAGUGAUAGUUUUGAGAGUGAAUAAUGUUGAGAAUAUACACUGUUUGUGCUAGUUUAUAGCAAUUUAAGAGAUUUAUCUGCAGGCAGCGUUUUUUUUUUUGUUUUUGUUUUUUUUUAAACCAAUAUGUGUAUAUUAGGUAAUGAAUGUGUGCUCAUUAUCUUUAACAGCGAGAGGAGGCAGCUUCGUGUCUGCUUUUUUAAUGAGCCCUUCUGGAUAUUUACCUUACUCAGCACAGCGCAGGACGGGUCAGAGUCUUCUUUAGUGCAACAGGAACACUUAAAAUCUUAACGCGUUGGCAUGAUCAGUGUGCAAUGGGAUAGGCUGUAUAUUGUAGGUUUUUUUUUUUUUUUUUAAAACGUGUACAUUUCAAAAAGUUGGCUUCUUCUCCCACUUCUUCUUUUUUUUUCUGUCACAAUAAACCUCAUUUUCUCCCCCCUCCCACCCACUGAAACCAACAGGGAGAAAAAAAAAUCAUAAAUUCAACCAAAUUCUACUUUCUGAGGGAAAAAUGCUUCCUACUAUAAACGGCAUCGGGAUAGCUUUUUUUUUUUGUUUUGUUUUUGUUUUUGCUUCGGAGGCCGACUGCUGGUUUUGAACAAGAGUUUUCAGUCAGAGAUGUGAAUCUGGAGCGCCCUGUUGUCCCUUAUCCCAAAGCUCUGCACGGCUUGGGCCUCCCUGUGCUUGCAUGACAUGGAAAUAUAUUUUUUGUUGUGCAUGUAGAUCAAUUUUUUGAAAUAAUCCUCUUGUUUACACAUGGAUGGUGAUGUUAAUAUAUUUAAAGAAUUUAAUGGUAUACAAUAUGGAUGUUGCCAAACUUUGGUAAAUGUACACAUAUUAUGAGAGGUAAUCCAAAUGAACUACAUGUAACUUUUUGUAUUUUACCCGGGUCAGCGAGAUGCUUCUAUUCCAGUAAAGUUGCAUAUCUGAUCCUGUCUCAAACUGCCACACACUGUACUCAGCUUAAAGGGGAAAAUUUUUGAUGUUUUUUUUUUUUGUUUGUUUUUUUUCUUUUGUAUAUAAGUAUUUGUUAAAUGCAGUUCUGGCUCUCUGUUCUCUGUAUAGUUCAGACCACGCUUUAGUUUGUAAGUGCUACUUUUUCUGAGGGACUUGGGUUCUUUUUAGUUUGUGUGGGGAUAUCUUAAAAAAAAAAAAAGAUUUAAGUUUAAGAACUUUUUUUUUUUUUUUUCCUUUUUCUGCAUGCUGCAUCAUAUGCUGUGGGACUGUUGGAAACUUGAUACUGUAUGAGAAUUAAAUAAAAUUUAAAUAAACUUUGAAAUGUUGAAAGUAAAA